AACACAAAUACACAAAUACACCCACACCAGGACGACCAACAUCGGAACCUCUUCAUAGGCCACAGAAGGAUAAACAUGAAGCUCGAGUUGUUGGCCGCGGUUGCUGUCGCGGGAGGCGGCUGCCCGAGGGCUGAUGCCUUCGUGCCGGUUCCGUCUGCUGUCGGCGGUUUGACUUCAACGACGCGGUUGAUGUCCGCGAUAUCCACCAGGCCCGAUCGGCAAGGGCUCGCCGGCGACGGUGCGUCGAGGAGGAGGAGGAGGAGGAGCGCGGCCAGAGACCUUGGCAUGAAGUCGCAGGCGACACCUGUCAAGACAGACGCGCCAGCAUCGUCGGCAACAGCCGACAGCACCAAGCGCGUGUACCUGCUGAACGAGGGGAACAAGGACAUGAAGAUGCUGCUGGGCGGAAAGGGCGCCAACUUGUGCGAGAUGGCCAAGCUUGAGCUGCCCGUCCCGCCGGCCUUCAUCAUCACCACGGAGACCUGUCUGGAGUACUUCAAGGAGGGCACGGGCGACCUCCCCAAGGCCCUCGACUACGAGGUGCAGCUCAAGGCUCUCGAGGACGACACCGGCAAGAAGUUCGGGGACCCGACCACCCCGCUCCUGGUAUCGGUGCGGUCGGGUGCGCCCGCCUCCAUGCCCGGCAUGAUGGACACCGUGCUCAACCUCGGCCUCAACGAUGAGAUCGUGCAGGGCAUCAUCGAUACCACGGGAAACGAGCGCUUCGCGUACGACACCUACAGGCGCUUCCUCAACAUGUACUCCGACGUGGUCAUGGAGAUGGACAAGGAACCCUUCGAGGAGGUGAUCGACAAGAUCAAGAAGAAGAAGGGGAUCAAGCUCGACUUGGAGAUGGAGGCCUCGGACUGGAAACAGGUAGUUGCUGAGUUCAAGAAUCUCAAUCCGAACGUGCCCAUGGACCCGAGGGAGCAGCUUCGCGGCGCAAUCCUGGCCGUUUUCCGCUCCUGGAACAAUGACCGCGCUAUCCGCUACCGGUCGUACAACGGCAUCCCCGACGCGUGGGGCACCGCCGUGUCGGUGCAGGCCAUGGCCUACGGCAACAUGAACGACGCUUGCGGGACCGGUGUGGCAUUUUCGAGAAACCCUUCGACGGGAGAGAACAAAUUCUUCGGCGAGUUCCUGGCUAACGCAGCCGGAGAGGAUGUCGUUGCCGGCAUCCGCACCCCGCAGCCCUUGGAGGAGAUGGCCCAGAAGUGGCCCGAGGUGUACGCCGAGCUCUUCAAGUACCAGGAGCAGCUCGAGAAGUACUACGGCGACAUGCAGGACAUUGAGUUCACUGUCGAGAACGGGCGGCUGUACAUGCUCCAGUGCCGCAACGGGAAGCGCACGGCGAAGGCCUCGGUGAAGAUCGCCGUGGACAUGGUGAAGGAGGGGACGCUGUCGGCGCAGGAGGCCCUCCUCCGCAUUCCGGCGAACCAGAUGGACUUCUUUCUGCACCCGACACUCGACCCGAAGGCCAAGAAGACGCUGAUCGGGGAAGGGCUACCGGCGUCCCCGGGAGCCGCCACGGGCAAGAUCGUCUUCACGCCGGACGAUGCCGAGGCCAUGGCCAACCUCGGGCAGGACGUGAUUCUGGUCAGGAAGGAGACCACGCCGGAGGACAUCCACGGGAUGAAGUCUGCCCAGGGCGUCCUGACGGCGCUCGGCGGCAUGACCUCGCACGCCGCGGUGGUGGCGCGCGGCAUGGGCAAGUGCUGCGUGAGCGGGUGCACGGCGGCGGAGGUGGACGUGAAGACCAAGACCCUCACGCUUGGCGAGAACAAGCUCAAGGAGCACGACGUUGUCACGAUCGACGGCAGCACCGGAGAGGUGUACCUCGGCACGGUGGACAGACGUUCCGCCGCAGAGGACGAGGACUUCCAGGCCGUCCUCAAGUGGGCAGACGACAUUCGCGAGCUCAAGAUCCUGACCAACGCGGACACGCCCGAGCAGGCCGCCACCGCCCGCGGCCUCGGCGCGCAGGGGAUCGGCCUGUGCCGCUCGGAGCACAUGUUCUUCGCGCCGGAGCGGAUCUCGGCGAUGCGCGCCAUGAUCGUGUCGGAGAGGAAGAAGGAGCGCCUCGAGCACCUGGAGACCAUGGCCGCAUUCCAGAGCGAGGACAUCUCGUCGAUUCUCAAGGAAAUGGACGGCUUGCCGGUGACCAUGCGCCUUCUCGACCCUCCACUUCACGAGUUCCUUCCCCACUCUCACGAAGAAAUGCAGUCCCUCGCGGACACGGUCGGCAAGCCGCUGUCGGUGGUCAAGGACCGCGUGGCCCAGCUGCAGGAGGUGAACCCCAUGCUCGGGUUCCGAGGCUGCCGGCUGUCCGUGGUGUACCCGGAGAUCACGGAGAUGCAGGCCCGGGCGAUCGCCUCCGCUGCCGCCGCCAACAAGAAGGCUGGGCUAGACCCCAAGCCGGAAAUCAUGGUGCCGGUGGUCUCAACCGCGAAGGAGCUGAGGUUAAUCGUGCCGCGGAUCGAGGCUGCCGUCUCAGACGAGCUCAGGAAGGCCAACGAAGAGCUGGACAUCCCCAUUGGCACGAUGAUGGAACUCCCUCGAGCGUGCGUGACCGCGGACGAGAUAGUGGGCACGGAGGGCGUGGAGUUCAUGAGCUUUGGCACGAACGACUUGACCCAGAGCGUGUGGGGGUUCUCCCGUGACGAUGCCAUCAAGUUCAUCGGCCGCUACCAGGAGCAGGUGGGGAUCUGCGGCGAGCACGGCGGCGAGCCAAAAUCGGUGGGCUUCUUCCACUCGCUCGGGUUCGACUACGUCUCUUGCAGCCCCUUCCGCGUGCCCAUCGCCCGCAUCUCCGCCGGCCAGGCCGCCGCCCAGAGCAUGCUCAAGAAGAGCGCGGGGGACCGCCUGUACCGCUCCUCCAUCACGAACGUGAAGCGGGCGGGCAAGAAAUCCGACUGAGCCCGUCAGCAGUUCCGUGCUGUUGGCUCUGAAAACCAUAUUGUUCCCCAAGGCGAAAAAUGUCAACCGUUUUUGGUAAGGUGCUGGCAGCAAUGAAAAAGUCGGAUCGGACCGACCCAGACCAACCGGACAAGGCCAGGCGUUUCGCGUUUCGGGCGUGUCGGUUAGGAUGAGAGCCUCACUGGGUUCCUCCGCCGAUAACCCUGCAGACUCGUGACGGUGCUAUUCUUGGUUCAUUCUGUCAACUUGAUGCCGAUCGGCAGGCCGAGCAGUAAACUGCCUCCUCCCGUAGGUGGUUGUUUUGUCGCGGGGGUGCCAGGGGGUACGAGUUAGACUGGCCAGAUGUCGGCGUAGCGUCGCAGGCCCCGGGCCUGUUCCCAUGCCACAGCAGGAUCAGCAGUUGGUUUCCUGCGAGCUGUGUGGAACGACUAAUCCCGUUCGCUGUCAUCGGCCUUGAAGCGAGCUGGAACAACAAGAAUGGAGAAUGAAAGUGGAUUGGAACCAGAAUAAUUUCGUUGGGGGCUGUGUUUUAGAAGUUCAUGACGGCGGUUUUUGUUUCGAGCGCGGGAAUUUGCCUGUCUGGAUUCGGUCGGUCGGGUGAUUUGCUCCAACUUAUUUUCCUAUUUUUCAUCUCGUGGGUCAGCUUCACCUCUUCCUAACUGGGAGGGAAGACGCGUGUAACACAUGUUGUAUAUUGGCUGUACAAUUCAUCUCAGUCCGAGCUUACAAACCCAUGGGGAUGAUGAUUGUAUAGAUACUGUUUUUUAGGCCUCACUGCCCUCGAGUAGUUGUAUAUAUUUACUCUGCGUAGAGGACGGGGCGAGAGGCGCCCGUAACACCCCCUCACCUGCUCUCCUCCGUCGAGAUUGCGUGAACGGGGGUGUCGAAUGGAAGCCAAAUGACCUUUUAGUUUUAUUUUGUUGUGUGAUUUGGCCCUAUUCACAUGGCUGCUUCACUUUUAAUAGCGCGACCACCUCCAGCGCCGGUCGGAAGAGGGGGUAGAGGGCCCACCGCAUCUUGUGCAGUGAGUGGCGGGUUGUACUCAAGCAUGCCCAUUUUCGCGGGGAAACGAAGCGGUAAUCUACGGAGAGAAAACAGUGGUUGGAAGUGCGGAGGACAGUGGCGAUGUUAUUUGUAUGUGUUCCCGAGAGAACAGAUGACUCCCCACUGCCUUUUCGGGCAAAGGGGAGGUGGCGCGGUUUUAAGCCUACUGCGCCGUCUGGUUGGAGGUGGAUCAGUGAAUCAAGACGCCCCAACCCGU